AUGGUGAGGCGUAAGAAAACUGCUCAGAAGCCUGGUCUUAGAUCUUCUCCGAUUGAAAGGAGCACAGUCAAGAAUACUCAUGAUAGAGUGGAGGUACAAGACGAAGUGAGGGAGGAUCUCCUGAAGGUGGUGUUUGCUGAUACGGUUGAUGAUUUUCCAGAGGUUGGGGAGGUCCAUUCUCUGGAUUCUUUUGCUUCUCAUGGUGGUGCUCGACUCAAUUUUGAGGAACCCCUGGUCAGAGAUGGGAAGUUGAUAGCUCAAGUUGAUAAGGAGGAGAUAGAAGUGGAAGCUUCUUUCUGGCAAUCAGCUAUGGUAUGUGUUGUAUUAGGUGCUAAUCCCCCUUUAGCCAUGUUUGAAGGGUUUAUUAAUCGUAUUUGGGGCAAGUUGGGGAUAGAGAGAAUUUCUCGUAUGAAUGCAGGUCAUACUCUAGUUAAAUUUCGGGAUGAAGCAACUCAAGACUUAGUGUUGGAAUCUGGUGUGGCUCACUUUGACAGAAAACCUGUCUUACUGAGGCCUUGGUCGACAGAUCUUGAUAAGAUGAGGUUGGUGAAAUAUGUACCGGUCUGGAUAAGAUUGCCAGACCUGGGUCUUCAAUAUUGGGGUCUUAAAAGCUCGAGUGCUCUGAUUAGCACUAUAGGUAAGCCUAUGAUGAUGGAUAAGGUUACUAAGGAUAAGUCAAUGGUGAAGUUUGCUAGAGUUCUUGUGGAUGUUGAGAUAUCAGAUCAUAUUCCUCAAUGUAUUAAUUUUAUUAAUGAACUCAGUCAAUUGAUGGAACAAGCUAUAGAAUAUGAAUGGCUUCCUACCCGUUGCUCGUGUUGUAAGAAUUUAGGCCAUACAGCAACAAGUUGUAAAUAUACUCAGGAGGCAGUCUGGAAGCCAAAACAGAAGGUAGCUGAUCCCAAUAAUGGGGAACCUGGGGGAUCAACUGAAUUGUGUGAGCUAGGUGAUGAGGCUGGAUCUAAGGAACUUCCUAGUUCGGUAGCUGGAAAGGAUGCUUAG